AUGCUGGAGCGGCUUGAGGACCUGGACGACCUCGAAAUGCUGAAUGAGAUGCGUAGCAAGCCGCUGGAGUUCAGGUCGCUGGAGGAGUUCAAGGAAUUAGAUGCUGAUGCCACGCCAUCCUUCGCAUCGCGUUGGCGCGGCAAGUUCAAAGCGGCAGAGCGCGACGAUGCGCGUUACGACGCUCUGGCAAAGAAGUUCUGA